AUGAUUCUUGAUACUCUUGGUAUUGACUACGUGAUUCUGGAAGCCAAUGAACGUGUCGGGGGACGCAUCUACACUCAUCGUUUCAACGACGAUCCGAUUGAAGGCAUCAACGCGAACAUCGGUGACCCAGCCCGCUAUGACUACGUUGACAUCGGCGCGAUGCGUUUUCCCAAUAUCGGCUUCAUGAAGCGUGUCUUCGACCUCUUCGAUACACUCGACCUUCGGAAGGAUGGGCUGCUUAUCGAAUAUAAGUACUCGUCUCCCAACACAUACCUACACUAUAACGGCCGGCGUCGUCAUACCGCUGACAUAGUUCCACAACUUAACGGCCAGUACGACGACUUCUUCAGCGUCUCUAGCGAGAAUGGAGGGGCCGUGCCCGGCAACUAUGUUGCUCAGGGCGUGGACCGAGUUUUGGGCGACGUCUUCAGACCGUAUGCAGACCUGUUUAACGACCCAAACACCACCUUUCAAGAGGCGUGGGCCCACCUUCAACAGGAGGGCCCUUACUCCACGCGCGCGCACAUGCUCGGCAGAGCGAGCCCAACGCUUCCCGAGGCGGUCAUCCAAUGGCUGGAAACGUUCUCCUCUGCUACCGGGCUCUACAACAACGCCUUCGUUGAGAGCGCAAUGGACGCGAUCGAUUUUGGGAGCGUCACUGCUGCGCCUCAGAGUGCUGGCGGUCUACCGAAGGAGGAAGUCAACUACGCCUGGUACUGCAUUGACGGAGGCUCCGACCACAUCAUUCGUAGAAUGGUUGACGGCAUCUCUACCACGCCGCUCACCAAACACCGAGUUACCAAGAUCAAGAGCACAGAGGACGGUACGAUGCAAGUGACCUAUCUCAACCCAGGUGGUAUGACAUUGCAGGAGGAGCUUUCACAGGUCAUAUGUACCGUGCCUCUCGGUUGUCUCGCAGACAUUGAGAUCCCAGUGGGCGACAUCUCGUACCUGCAGCGCAUGGCCAUUCGCUCGCUCAACUACGACACCUCGACCAAGAUUGCGCUGAAGUUCCGGACACGCUGGUGGGAGGAUCCCGCCGUCAUGGGUGAACGCACGAUCGAGGGUGGUGUAUCUUCCAGCGAUAUCCCCAUUCGCACCUGCGUCUACCCGUCCUACGGCUUUACAGCGACAGGCACCGUCACAGGCGUCAUGCUUGCGAGUUACACCUGGGCACAGGACGCUCAGCGUCUGGGCGGUCUCUCGCAGGGCAAGGGAUCGGAGGCGGACCGGCUUCUCAUCGACCUCACCCUGAGGAACUUAUCGCAGUUGCACGGCAUACCGAUCGAGAAGUUCGGACCGCUCCUCGACUACUACACGUACAAUUGGCAUGAUGACGAGAACGCGCGCGGCGCGUUUGCGCUCUUCGGACCAGGGCAGUUCAGCCAUCAUGAUCCCGGGAGUAGCUUGUUCGCUAGCAUCAAGGCUCCUGCCGCAGGUGGGAAGUUGCAUAUAGCAGGCGAGGCGACAUCGGUUCAUCACGCUUGGGUACUUGGCUCCCUCAACUCGGCUUGGAGGGCCGUGUACAACGCCCUGGGGAGACGUGAGAAUGCGGAGCAGUUGAGAGAGGAAAUGCGGGCGAAGUGGGACGUGCCAGAGGAGGAGAACCCUGACGAUCUGUUGAAGUUGGCCUUGCUGUCCUACCACGGUUGCCUGUGA